AUGCGAGAAGCGGGAGCGCCGGCUGUUGCUCAGCGUGGAGCCAUAUCAUGUCACAGACUUUGUCAAAAUUAUCAAGGCCAAACAGUCCUGAACUCGACUCGACCUUCCAAGGAAAACAGUCUGUUCCUGAACGCGGGCGAUGAGUUCCAAGGCACGCUUUUUUACAACUUUUACAAGGGUUGGAGAACGGCGGACACCCUGAAUCAGCUUGGUGUUGACGCAAUGACCUUGGGUAACCACGAGUUUGACGGGGGCGAUGAGGAGCUAGCCGCCUUCAUUAACAACAUCACCUUUCCUAUUCUCGCAGCAAAUCUCCAGAGCACCAAUCCUACUCUAAACAGUUCUGUGAAACCUUAUGUCAUAUUCGAACAAUAUAGCCUGGCUGUAAUCGGAGUCAUCACCCCCGAGACAAGCCAGCUGAGCAACCCCGGAAAUGGCACUACCUUUACCGACCCAGUUGUCGCCGUGCAAGCCGCCAUUGACGAGAUCAAGGCCACGACAGACAUCAACAGGAUCGUGGCCCUUACGCACAUUGGCUAUGCCGAGGACAUCAAGCUCGCAGAGCAGACCACAGGCCUCUCUCUGAUCAUCGGCGGGCACUCACACACCGCGCUGGGCAACAUAACUGGCAGCCAUGGAUCGUACCCAACAAUAGCGGACAACAAGGAAGGCGAAGAGGUCUUCAUCGUGACAGCUUACCGCUGGGGGGAGUAUCUUGGGUUUAUCGAUAUAAAAUAUGACGCAUCCGGCCACGUUCUUGAGUAUCACGGUGCGCCGAUCCACCUGACGAACCAAACAAAACAGGACCCGGACCUGCAGGCGCAGAUCGACACGUGGCGCGAGCCAUUCCAGGAAUUUGCCAACGAGGUCGUUGGCGAGUCCGCCGUUGAGCUCGUGCAGGAGACGUGCCAGGUCGAGGAGUGCACCCUUGGCGAUCUCAUGGCAGACGCUAUAAUCUCAUAUCGACAAGACACAGAUUUCUCGAUUAUCAAUGCCGGAGGUAUCCGUGCCUCCAUCGACAUCGGCCCGAUCACGCGCGGUGAGGUGCUCACAUCUUUCCCCUUUGGGAACGCCAUUGUCGAGCUCUCACUCUCCGGCCAGCAAGUCUGGGAAGUGCUGGAGGGAAUAGUGUCUGGUGUCAACCAAGCCAAUGGGCGGGCGGUGACGUCCUUUUUACAGGUGAGCAGUGGCCUGCGGAUCGUCUACGACACUGCCGGGGAGGUCGGAGGUAGGCUUUCGAAUGUUACCGUGGCGGGUGCUCCACUCGACUUGGCCGAGAGCUACCAGGUGGCCACGCUGGACUACCUCGCGGGGGGAGGCGACAACUUUUUUGAUUCAACUAUGGCUGGGGACUACAUCACGCUCGACUUACAGGCAGAUGUGCUACUUACAUAUCUUGCGACUAAUAAUCCUAUUAAUACUAUAUUAGAUGGAAGGAUUUCUAUUAUAUAG